UGGGAGGAAAGGCAUGCAACUAUAAUAAAUGGAGAGAUCAGAGCGAGUGUGGGCAGAGCAUAGAUUCCUCCUGCCGUACUUCUCACAGGAGCAGACUGGAUCUAAUUUGAUCUCUCCUGAUUUUACCCAUGAUUGCUCUUGUUAACCUCCUCUGAGAGGAAGUGAAACACUUAAAACACCCUCUUCACUAGCAGCCAGCUUACCAGCCUUAAAACAAUUGUGACCAGGUUGAAGGAACAGGGAGAGACAACGCUAGCAAAGCUAAUUUCUUUCUCAAACAGAAAGAUCUCCAUUGUCAAAGAAAGGAAGCUUCUGCUACCUCCAUGUCUGUACUGCCUGGGACUUAUCUCAACCUUGCUGCUCUGUUUUUCCAUGCAAGAAAAGAAACAACACUUUCCUCAGAUCCUUUUCUUGGAAAAAGAACUCACCUUUCUCUAAGCAAAGAUUUGUGGAGUCAGGUUGCCCUGAUGAUCAUGAACUUGACUUCUGAACACUGCAACAUCUCAGAUUGGCUGAGGCUUGAAGCAACAGUGAAGGCCUCUGUGUACGUGGUCACUUUCUCCUUUGCCACAUUCAUCACGAUCAUCAUCAUCGCAAUAGUAUCACAGAAUUCAAAACUUAGGAAAGAGGUCCGAUACAUCUUCCUCUGCCACCAUUUGCUGUGCAUCUCUUCCUACUGUGGCCUGGGAAUGGUGUUCCAAGGGAUGAGGGCCCUGAUGGCCAACAGCCCUGUGCUGAUGUGCUGGUUGGUGUUUGGGGCCCAGAUAAGUUUUGGAGAAGGGAUCCUUUUUACUCUGGCCUUGAUGGCUGUCAACACUUACCUGGUCAUAUGUUGGCCAUUGAAAUCUCUGUCCUUUGUAGAUUCAUUUAAGUAUAGAAUCCUGGCUGGGACUUGGAUAAUGAUUAUACUCAAGAAUGUUUGCUUAUUCAUCAUAGAGGGCACCAGCUCCAGUUCGGUUGCUGUUUUAAAAGUAGAGCCCCUUUGCCCAGUGAUUUUCAAUGGUAUUCCUGCCAGAGCCAUUGGCAUGAUUUUCUUUCUCCUUCCUCUAGCUAUAAUUCUUAUAAGUUACUCUCUAAUAUAUCAAGAAGGCAAACGUGCUGGCCAUUUUAACAGGUCAAAUAUCAAAGCAAGGAAAACAGUCCUAAUUCAUUUUUUGCAGAUCAUCUUACAUGUAAUACCAACCCUGAUAUUUAUAGGUUUGGGAAAGAUGUGUGGAGUGUUUUUCUUUGCUUUAAAUCUGGUGCUUUUUGGAGUCUUUUCAUUUGGCCAGUGUUUUAAUCCUCUGAUCUAUGGGCUCUGGAAUACCGACUUGCAAAGCAGAUUAUGUCAUUGGAUAUGCUGUCAACUGGGGUAUAGUAGUCACACAAUGAACAGCAGAGGGCAAGUUUAAACAAAAACUCAGCCAUUUGGGGUCAAUAACUCUAGUUCUAGUGGACCAUCAUCUAAGGUGAAGUACUUGCCUUUUAUUCAACCUCAAAUUGGUGCAUUGACUUGAUAUUGAAAAUAAUAUUAGCAAGUCAAAGUUUCAUCUGGUUUACAAACUUUGUUGCUGCAUACACUGAUCUGUCCUCAGUGAAAUCAUUUUAUGUCUUUAAUUUUAAACUCCAAUCAACAUUUGGCAACUUGCCUUCUUGUGUGCAGUAGUUGAGCAACUUUUGAGAAUGCUCCUGAUUUUUAGUGACUGCGAAAUAGUCCAUAGUUGAUAUGAAGGAAGUAAGUUUCAUUGUUCCCUUUAUGAUAACUAGGGAUAAGUUAUAACAAAGCAGAAACAAAAUAACAGUGACUUUAGAAAGUUAGAGAUUAUCACUUUUUCUUAUGUAAAAGAAAUCUGGAGGUACACUAUCCAAACCUAUGUGGCAAGUUAUUCUCAGGGCAUAUUCUCUUUUCCUUUGGUAUGAUUUGCAUACUACCUACUGACCCCAGAUGGCUGUUAGUGCUAUCAUUACAUUCUCACUCCAGCUAACAGGAAAGAGCAAGGGGCAAAGAAGGGUCAGUACUUCUUCUGAAGACACUUUCUAGGAGUUACAGAAAACAUUUUUUCUUACAUGUAACUGGCCAAAAUUUAGUUAUAUGGCUAUGGACAAGUCAUAUGGCUUUAAGGGAGAGUGGGGAGAAAUUUUAGCAAAGUAUCGGGUCUAGUAAUAAUUAAUGUCGUUUUUAAACAUUCGUUUA